GCGAGCGGUUCUUUGGUGGUCUUAAAAAUAAAAGAAAUUAAAUAAAAUGGCCAAGGAUAAUCUGACAGCAGUGCUAUAUGGCAUUGAGGAUAUGCGUUUGGAACAACGUCCUAUACCGGAAAUAGCUGAUGAUGAGGUUCUCCUGGCCAUGGACAGUGUCGGCAUUUGUGGUUCUGAUGUCCACUACUUGCAGCAUGGACGUAUUGGUGAUUUUGUGCUCACCAAACCCAUGGUGAUUGGUCACGAGUCCGCCGGUGUGGUGGCCAAGUUGGGCAAGAAGGUGAAGAAUCUGAAGGUGGGAGAUCGUGUGGCUAUUGAGCCCGGAGUACCGUGCCGCUACUGUGACCAUUGCAAGGGUGGCCAAUACAAUCUGUGCCCCGGCAUGGUCUUUUGCGCCACGCCCCCUUACGACGGUAACCUCACCCGUUACUAUAAGCAUCCGGCAGACUUUUGUUUCAAGCUCCCCGAUCAUGUCUCCAUGGAGGAGGGUGCCUUGCUAGAGCCUCUGUCAGUGGGAGUCCAUGCCUGCCGGCGAGCGGGUGUGGGUUUAGGUUCCAAGGUACUCAUCCUGGGAGCGGGACCCAUUGGUCUGGUUACUCUGCUGGCCGCACAAUCCAUGGGUGCCUCUGAGAUUCUGAUUACAGACCUGCUUCAGCAGCGCUUGGAUGUGGCCAAGGAGCUGGGUGCCACCCACACACUCCUGCUGAAACGUGACCAAACCGCUGAGGAGACAGCCAAGCUUGUCCACAAGACUAUGAGCAGUGAGCCAGACAAGUCGAUCGAUUGCUGUGGUGCAGAGAGCAGUGCCCGAUUGGCCAUCUUUGCCACGCGUUCCGGUGGAGUUGUGGUGGUGGUGGGCAUGGGAGCCGCUGAAGUCAAGAUACCUCUGAUUAAUGCCCUGGCCCGCGAAGUUGAUGUUCGCGGAGUAUUCCGCUACUGCAAUGACUACGCUUCUGCCCUUGCCUUGGUGGCCUCUGGAAAAGUGAAUGUAAAGCGACUGGUUACCCAUCACUUUGACAUCAAGGAUACGGACAAGGCCUUUGAAACAUCGCGAAAGGGACUGGGUGGCGCCAUCAAGGUGAUGAUCCAUGUGCAGCCCAGGAACACCAACAAUCCUGUUAAAUUUUGAAUUCCCCCCCCCCCUUAACAAAUAUAUAUUGUCUCGAAAACUUAGUUAACUUCCCAGCACUAAUCAACGGACUACAGUCUUGGCCAUGCUCAAAAUCUAAAUUUUUCGACUGACAGUUUCACCAAUAAACCAAAUUUAUUGUUU